AUGAAUACUCUAAAUGAUUAUGAAAUUAUAGAGAAAAUAGGAUCUGGUUCUUAUGGAGAUGUGAUGUUAGCAAAAUGCAAAGCAAACGGAUAAUUAGUAGCAAUAAAAGCGAUGGAGAAAAGAUUGCUGAUUAAGGUUCAUAAUGUAAUAAUUGACUAGGAAAAAAAACAAUAUCAAGUGUUUAUUGAGAAAGAGGUGUUGUCAAGGGUUCAGCAUCCUGGUUUGAUAAAUAUGAUUGCUAGUUUCCAGAGUUCAGCAUAAAUUUAUUUAGUGUUAGAGUUUAUGGAAGGAGGAGAUUUUGCUAAUUUCUUAAAAAUAAAUAGUAAUGGCAAAUAGUGAUUUUAGGAAACAUGUCUUAUAACUCUAUAGUAUUUUAUACUGCAGAAAUAGUAACAACAUUAGAAUAAUUACAUUCUAAUGGAAUUGCGCAUAGAGAUGUGAAAGUAAUAAAUUUUAGAUGAUGUUAAAGCCAGAAAACAUAAUGGUGGCAAAUAAUUUACAUAUAAAAAUGAUAGAUUUUGGAACAGCUAGCUUCUUUGAUGAACAUAAUUUGCCAGAUAAUGUUCGUGAUAAAUUGAAUGAAUUAAGAGAGAUUAGCAAAUAAGAUGAAAGAUUUUUAGAUGAAAUCGACCAAUAUCAAUAGAAACAUAAAGCUACAUUUGUUGGAACUGCAGAAUAUGUAUCACCUGAACUUUUGGAGGAUGAUAUUUGUGGUCCAUAAGCAGAUUUAUGGGCUUUAGGAUGUAUAAUUUAUAAAAUGUUCACUGGAACAACUCCUUUUUGUGAUUAAACAGAAUAUUUAGUAUUUUAGAAGGUCAGAUCUUGUCAGUAUCCUAAAAAUAAUAAAAUUCCUUAAGAUGGAAUGGAUUUAAUAAGUAAAUUGCUUGUCAGAGAUCCAUUAAGUAGAUUAGGAGGAGGAUUACCCAGUAAGUUGAUUUGAUUAUUUUAGAUUCUAAAAACACAUAUCGAGAACUAAAGAGUCAUCCAUUUUUUAAAGAUAUUAAUUGGUAGUAGUUAUGGAAUCAAAAAGGACCUGAAGAUGUUUAAAUACAUUUAAAAAAGAUAACAACCUAGGAAUUCACUCAAAAAAAGUAGAGCGCCACUUUGAAACCAGAAGUAGUAAUAACUGGUUUAGUUAAUAAGAAAACAGGUUGAUUAUUAUGAAUAAAUUUAGGUUGGAUGAUAUAUAAAUUAAGAAAUAUGAUAUUGUACGAUUUCGAAAUUCCAAAAUUAGAAUAUUUCGAUCCUAAUACUGGAUUAAAAAAGGUAUAAAGAAUCUGUUAUAGCUUUAAAAAAGGGUUAGAUUAUUUUAGACAAAUCUGUAACAAUAGAAUUAUUGAAAGGAUAAUUUAAUAUUGAUGUUCCUAGUAAAAAGAAGUACUAUUUUAAAGUAAGAUAAAUUAUAUAAGUAAGGAAUGUGAGCAUCCAGCUUAAUUAUGGGUUGACAAAAUUAAGGAUGUGAUGAAAAAAAGGUUGAAUUGUGAUUGA